AUGGGAAAGAGAAAGACCAAUGCGUGCGCCAAUGGCGGUGCUAAUGCCCAGCAGAAAAGACAGAGAACAGCUGAAAAGAGUCGGAAGGGCACUAGAGCCAGCUCAAUUAGCAAGAAAACUAACAAUUCAGCGCAAACUCCGGCCAGCAGUUGCUCAGCCACAGGCAUCAACGGACGGGCGAGGCGCCGUCGUCAGGCAAGCAGCACAGAGAGGGCACGGGCAGUGCAGUCUCGGCCGCUAACAGUAGACAGCGGAGUAGGCCUACCUGAAGCGAUCCCGGCAUUACCGGCAGCAGGCAUCCCACCAGCAAUUUCGAGCACCCCACCACCACCAGCAACAGCCCUGAAUACCCAACCAUCACAGCCGGGAUCACAGUUGCAGUUACAGUCAACAGUUGGAGAUAGACUAGGCUCGGCCAUUCCCAAUAACAUAGGGGAGAAAAUAUGGAAAGGCGAGUAUGUGGAUUUUAAUGUGUUAGUGAAUGCCCAAGAGGUGACAGCACACACACAGUGGGAAGCUAGAGGCGAACAAAGGACGCAUUUGGCAAUGACUCAGGAAGAAGGGAGAUUGGUAUUGAAACCUGUCAGCGCGACAUCCAAGAAUAAGAUUGCAACCAUAGAGUUGUGGACUAAUGCAUUUCUUGUGUAUGCUAGCAUUGUUUUGGAAGCAAAUUUGAAUUGCGCACAAGACUUACUGAAAUACUGCCACCUUAUUCGAUCUGCUGCUUCGCGCUAUUAUGGGUAUGGGUGGAGAGAUUAUGAUAUCGAAUUUCGUCACCGCUACCACAAGAAGGGUGGAUCUUGGGCAGGUAUAGAUGGAGAAUUGUGGCUCCUUCAUGUAGUGGGAGGGGGACCUCCUCGGGGAGUUCGUGGCCAAGACCGUCCACUCGGGCGAUCGGCCCCAUGGUCCAACAGGAGGGAAUGGAAGCGAACAUAUAACCCUAGCACUAGCCAAACACAGGGCAAGGGUAGGCUUGUGCCCCCAGGUCACCCAAUUUUCGCAGUGGAAUCUGUCACGAAUUCAACUUCAGGUCAGGGGCUUGUAGCCGGAAAGAUUGUAGGUACGCGCACAAGUGUUCCCUGUGUGGAGCAAGUGGCCACGGCAAGGUUUUCUGCCCAAACAAUCAAUCCAACUCAAAAGCCCCCAAACCCAAAGCUCAGUAAGGAAAAGGCAAUUCCUGGGAGACAGAUAGAACACACAAAAAAUAGAAAUCAGGACAGGCUUGAAGGUGACAUACACAGUAACAGUAGAGAUGUACAGAUUACAGGACAGGUUAUAUCCUUGGGGAAGUCACCCAUUAAAAUAAAGAGCCUACAACAAUUGUUAAAAAGCUACCCAAAUGAGCGAGCAGCCAGGUUUUUGGAAAGUGGUUUCACAGAAGGAUUUUGUUUGAAUUAUACAGGCCCUCGCAUGCCAGUAGACUUACCCAACCUAAAAUCAGCAGAAAAUAACAAGGACAUUACACAAGAGAAGAUACGGAAGGAGAUUAAGCUAGGGCGAUACAUAGGUCCCUUUGAGUCCAGGCCACUAAAAAAAUUGAGAACUAACCCAAUUGGCCUGGUGCCAAAGAAAUCCCCGGGGGAUUAUCGAUUAAUCAAUCAUUUAUCAUACCCGCCUGGAUACUCUGUGAAUGAUUUUAUUGCAGAUGAGCAUUGUAAAGUGGAAUAUACUAGAUUUGAUACAGCGGUUGAGAUGGUCGCCGAGGCUGGAAUGGGAGCUGACUUGGCUAAGGAGGAUAUUAAGUCCGCCUUUCGAUUGUUGCCUAUGCACCCGAAAGAUUUUGAGUUGUUAGGGGUCAAAUUUGAGGGGAAAUAUUAUCUCGACAAAUACUUGCCCAUGGGGGUCAGAUGUGCUCCAGCGUAUUUCGAGACCUUUUCCACAUUCAUAGAAUAUUGUGUUCGGGAGCAAAGUGGCUCAAACGGGAUUAUACACUAUGUUGAUGACUUCUUGUGUGUUAGUUCAAUAGAGCACGGGGGCGUGUCAUGCCUCGAGAUGGUACAAGUUCUCAAAGGAAUCUGUGAGGAGUUAGGGGUUCCAUUAGCGGCAGAGAAAUCCGAGGGGCCUACCAAAAGAUUGACAUUUCUCGGGUUAGAACUUGACUCUGUGUUAAUGCAGGUUCGAGUUCCACAUGAUAAGCUUACUGAGGUUAGGCGCAAGAUUAAGAAGAUGUUGUCACACAAAUAUGUAACAGUUAAGGAGAUCCAAUCAGUCAUUGGGUCACUGAACUUUAUUAGUCGGGCUGUGCGACCAGGAAGGGCAUUCUUACGCCGGUUGACCUAA